AUGGCUAAAGAAGAUGAUGGUGGACGUGAGUUUGAAGAUGAUGGAGAACUUCACAAUAGUGCUAAAAAGAGGUCAAAAGUGGUUUGGACGAGUUCACUUCAUACUCGUUUUCUGCUAGCUGUUAACCAUAUCGGACUGGACAAGGCUGUUCCCAAGACAAUCCUUCAGUUUAUGGGUGUGCCAGGGCUCACAAGAGAAAAUAUUGCAAGUCAUUUACAGGACCGAGCAACUAUCAACCCCAUUUGUUACAGUCUGACGAUAUUCGAAGAGACCUUACAAAUUCCAACCAAGGUUUUUCGAGAUUUGGUGAUACUCCAACAUGCAAUAACAUUGGAACUGCAUCAAAAGUUGGAGGUUAUGGUUACAAUCAAGUUUCAGCAAGAAGAUGGAGUUCGUGAGCUCAAGUUCUCAAGUGACAAUGCUCGCUAUGGUGAUAUUGAAAUGAACAAUAUUGUUACGCAGUUGCCACAGUACCCAAACUUCUCCAAUGAAUUGUCUCAACAUACCAAGCAAACUACCAAUCUUGAAGUAAAUGCCUAUGAUCAGCAAGAAGUUGGAGUUACAAAGAUCGCAUUCUCAAGUGACACUUCUCACCAUGGUUCUAUUGAAAUGAACAACCUUGUAACCCAGUUGCCACACCCUAGCUUAUCUGAUGAGUUGUCACAACAUACAGAGCAAACUAUCGACCUUGAAGAACUUUUAGAUGCCUCUAGUCAGGAAAAAGACGAAGUUACAAAGUCAACGUUCUCAAGUGAUUCUCAAUAUGAUGAUGUUAUCCAAAUGAACAACCUUGGAAGUCAGUUGUCAGACCCCAUCUUCUCUAAUGAGUUGUGGGACCAUAUCGAACAAACUACUAGCCAGGAAGUACUCUUAGAUGCCCCGGUUGAGGGUGCAAAUGAUGGACAGACAAUAGAGCUCAAUUCUAACGACUCGUUUCUAGCAGAGAUCGAAGCAAUAUUAGACAAUAAGGAUUGGGCCGAUCAGUUCAUUGAAUGUCUCCAUGAAAACAAGGAUUGGACCUCCUUUUGA